AGAGGACGUCAGUUUCACACUUGCACUGAUUCAUCCAGCGUAAGCUAGCUAAACCUGCUAGCUGAACAAGGAACUACCACAGAGAAGGGAACUCGAGGACAGUUGAAUAUGGCUGAACUUGAACAGCACGAAGGAGAACAGGACCUCGAGAAGAAAAUUGUGGAAACGAGGGAGAGAUUCAAGAAUGAGUACCUCCAAGACUUUGCAGAGAAAUAUGACUCCAGGGACGUGGAAAGGCUUGAAAAAGAUGAUGCCCUGGUGGAGGGCUACCUCACAUGGAGGAUUUAUGUCGUGGAUGAUGCCUUGAAAAUGAUCGACGACAGUUUUCAAUGGAGAAAAGAAUUUGGAGUGAAUGAUCUCAGUGAAAGCGUGAUUCCCAGGUGGAUGUUUGAAACUGGUGCUGUAUACCUCCAUGGCUACGACAAAGAGGGCAACAAGCUCUUCUGGUUCAAGGUGAAACUGCAUGUCAAAGAUGCAAAAACUAUCUUGGAUAAGAAGAAGUAUGUUGCCUUCUGGCUGGAGCGGUAUGCAAAGAAAGAACCUGGGAUGCCACUCACUGUCGUCUUUGACAUGGCAGAGUCUGGCCUCAGCAAUAUAGACAUGGAUUUCGUCAGGUACAUUAUCAACUGCUUCAAAGUAUAUUAUCCAAAGUUUUUAUCCAAAAUGAUCAUUGUGGACAUGCCUUGGAUCAUGAAUGCUGCAUGGAAGAUCGUAAAGUCGUGGUUGGGUCCAGAGGCAAUUAGCAAGCUCAAGUUUGCAUCUAAAUCCGAGAUUCAGUCCUUCAUAGGCCCAGAGUACCUGCCACCUCAUAUGGGUGGAACGGACCCCUUCAAGUACAGCUACCCUCCUCUGCCUGAUGAUGACUUCCAAACGCCCAUCUGUGACAACGGACCUAUUGUGAGCGAGGAUGAGACAGAGAGCAAAGAGGGUGAAACGGAGGUCAAAGAUAACCUUGAGUCCAGCUUCAACUCAACUGAAGUUGUGGCAAAGCCCAAAAAGGUGAACUUUGUGGAAGACAGUGUGAGGUCAGAAGACAAUGAUAAAGGAGAAACGAGUACCAGGACCAAAGGGGCCAGAAAACCUCUGACCACCUUCAAAGGCCCUCUGUUGGAUGUGAGCCCUGCAGAGGAGCUCAGCUUUGGUUCAGGGGAGACGGAGAAAAGAAGCCUCAUUAUCCUGAGCAAUGUGACCAAAAAUCAAGUGGCCUUCAAGGUACGGACCACAGCACCUGAGAAAUACAGAGUGAAGCCCAGUAGCAGCAGCUGUGAAGCAGGAGCUUCAGUAGACAUAGUCGUGUCCCUUCAUGGAGGAUCUCAGGCUUCCCCUCAGGACAGAUUUUUGGUUAUGGCUGCUGAGAUGGACAAUGCAGGAUCACAAGAACUUGCACAGUUCUGGAAAGAAGUACCAAAAACAAAGAUCAUGGAACACAGAUUGCGCUGUCAUGUUCUGGAGAGCGCUAAACCAACAGUGAGUCCUCGGAAGGACAGCCUGGUGGAGACGGGAACAAGUGGACAGCAGGAAAUAAACACAAUGCUGAUGCGCGUCAUGGCCUCUAACGCACGGCUGGAGCAGAAGCUGAAUACGAGUCUGUGGGUGCAGAAGGUCCUCGUCGCGUUGGUACUCGUCCUCGUGGUGCUGAACCUGCAGUGUCUCUACCUGCUUGGGACCACUCCACGGCCAUCUUGACCAGCCACAGCAGCUCCCUCCGCCUUGAUCUGUAGGAUACAGACACACAAACGGUUCUGGAAGUGGAGCUGAAGUGGACGAGUUUGGUUCUGUCCCCUCCCCUCCUUCCCUCCUCACAGGCUGCUGUCACAUCAGGAAGGAGUGCUGACUUUAGGGAACAUGUGAGUUGCUGCUGAGAUAUGAAAGAACUGUCUUGUUCCCAGCACUUGAGAGUUAAAACAACUUUUAUUAAUGUGACAUCAAAUCAGUAAUGUAUUUUUUAAGGCAGCACAGUAAAAUAAAUGUGUAUUUAUUGCAAAACAGGACAUGUAGGAAAAUUAUUUUUGUGAUCAUAAUGUACAAUUUUUUUAUAAUGUAUAAAGCUACAGAUUAUAAAAUAAACAUCUUUUGUCACUUUA